AGGGCAUGGUGCAGGUUUCUAUUUUCUUCUUUUCUGGCAAUUUUCUAGUUGGUAAUAAACAUUUAAACAAUUAUCCAUUGUAUUUGAUGUUGUAGGGUAUCACAAAAUAUAAAUAUUAGGAAAAGUAGGUGAUAUAUUAGUGGUUAUUAGCCACAGGUUAGCGAUGAUUCUUAUUUCUCCCACAAUGCAUUGCAUGACGUCACGUAAGGUACUCCGCUUUUGGACGACAGCCGAAGCCGCUAGUGAGAGAGUGACAGUGUCAGAUUAUAUAAGUAAAUACAUAAAUAGAGAUAGCCUAGAUAUAUAUAGAUAGAUAGAAUAGCAUAACAUCGAUAGAUAGAUAGAAUAGCAUAACAUCGAUAGAUAGAUAGAAUAGCAUAACAUCGAUAGAUAGUGAGGGAUAGCAUAGCAUAACAUAACAUAGAUAGAUAGUGAGGGAUAGCAUAGCAUAGCAUAACAUAUAUAUAUAGAGAGAGAGAGUAGAUAUAUAAGUAGAUAACAUGGUUUUCUACUGUAUUUGUGGCGGGUGCAACAACUCCAGCAAAAGUGGACAUAGGGUCCAUUGCUUCCCCAAGGACAAAGGGAUUCUCCGAAGCUGGGUGCAAUUUGUCAAGUUUAGGCGGGCAGAUUUUUCAGCUAGCUCUGUUACCGCGUACUCCAGAAUAUGCAGCGCGCAUUUCAAGGAGGAGGAUUACCACUCAGGGGAUGCCAAGAUGGUCUCACUUGGUUUAAAGAGUAAGAGGACGGCGAAGUUAAUUCCUACCGCCGUGCCGUCUGUGCAUGCAAACCACUCUGCCUGCCCUGUCCCGAGGUCGAGAGACACCGUCUGCCGCAAGCGAGAGAUUGCCACGAUGUUGACAGACGCCUCACAGCAGGAGACCGUGGCCAGUGUAGACACUGUGGAGAGUGUCGAUACUGGGGAUCAGCCCUUGCCCUCCUCCACUUCUGACGCUGGGACACAAUGUUAUUUGAAGCCCCCCCGAUGGUCUCACGCUGUGCAGGUUAACCUGAAGCCCAAGAUGGUUAGCGUGGGCACACAGACUUCAAUCAGCCCACAAACCUCCACUCCCCUCGCUAGUCCUGAACAGGCAGUUGACGACGAUGAUGAUGAUAAUGCCACUGUCAUCAGUGACUUGUCGUGGGUGCCCGAAGAGCCGAUGGAUGAGGAGGAAUUGUUUGAUGAGGAGCCACCUUACACGUGUGACCCCCACCACAAUUGCAUUGACAAAUUCAUUGUUUGCCAAGAGGAGCUGAUGGGCCUUUUUGCCAUCUGUCCGGCCUGUUGUGAGAGGUCGGAUAGUAGCAUCGUGCAGCAGGAAGGAACUUUUGUUAAGAUCAAGCAGGUCUGUGCAUCAUGUGGCUACCACCGUUUCUGGCAAAACCAGCCAAUGCUCCACAGGAACAUGCCAACCUGCAACCUCCUGUUAAGUGGGGCCAUUCAUUUUACUGGAUGUUUGGCCACACAGACACUAAGAAUGUUGACCCUGUUUGGCCUGCAGUGCAUCAGUGCCAGCAGUUUCUUUCGCCAUCAACGCCGCUACACCAUCCCUGUAAUCGUUCAGGCCUGGCAGAAUGAUCAAGCCAAGAAUUUUAGUGACCUACGGGCAAUGGAUGGCGGGCUAGUUCUUGCUGGUGACUGCAGGUCAGAUUCUCCUGGGCACUGCGCAAAGUAUGGGUCAUACUCUCUGAUAGAGGACAGAGUGAACAAGGUGGUGGAUGUUCAGCUUGUUCAGAGCUCAGAGGUCCCCAACAGCUCAUGGUGUGAGCUUGAAGGGCUCAAGCGCAGUGUUGGCCUGCUGAGGGGAAACGACCUGCAUUUGGCAACGCUGAUCACGGACCGACAUCGCCAGGUUGCCAAAUGGGUGAGAGAGGAGCUGAUCCCUGAAGGGACACAGCAUUAUUUUGACGUGUGGCACAUUGCCAAAAGUCUGGGGAAGGCAUUGGAUGCAGCAUCCAAAGAGUGUGACCAACUACAGUUGUGGAGGCCAGCUAUAGUGAAUCACCUCUAUUGGACUGCAGCCUCAACCCCAGAUGGCAACCCAGCGGUCAUGGAGGCCAAAUGGAGAAGUUUAGUGAACCACAUCCAGGACAUCCAUGACCAUGACACCCCUGCCUUCUCCAGUUGUGCCCAUGGCCCUCUAGACGGAGAUCAGCGCAACAAAGAGUGGCUGGACCCAGGCUCAUUGGCAGCAGUCAAGUUGGAGAACAUAAUGAUGAGGGCUGCCUUGCUGAAAGAUGUCCGUCAGCUGUCUCCACAGCACCAGACCUUCUCCCUUGAGGCUUACCACUCCCUCAUCUUGCACUUCGCGCCCAAGCACACAGGGUUUUCAUACCUUGGGAUGUAUAGCAGGCUUCUCUUAGCGGCGCUGCAUUAUAAUCACAAUGCCAAUCGCGAGACAGCACGGAGAAGUGACGGGACGGAGAAGUACUGCGUGCGGUGUCCGCGCUUCAGAAAAGGUGCCCAUGUGGUGCGUCCCAUCAAAGAGGCAGCCUCAUACGGUUAUGCAACAUCAUUAAUGAAGGCCCUUCGGGAGAGCUACGCCAAUUCACCCGCGGUUCUUCGAGAAGUUGGCGCCAAUUUGUCCUCCGAUGCACCCGCCCCCAUCGCCAAAUCCUUCGAACAGAUUCCUAAGGAGGAGGCCAUCAGCCUCUACCUAGCCCGGCAGUCACGCUUCAAGAAAACCUAAUUUCACAUUAUUAUUUUUUUCCACGGACAAGUCCAAUGAUUUAGUUGUUAUUAUUUGCAUGAAAUUUCUUUGUAUAUAAUUCAAAAUAAUUUGGUAAUCAUUUUACCUGUGCCUUGUCAACCUCUGUGUGCGGUGUUGUCUGAGCUCACUGUGUCUGCUUGAUGUGCUUUUGCAUGUAUCACUGCAUGUAUGCAUGCAUGAAAUAGUGUGCAUGUGUGUGUGUGUGAGAGAAAGAGAACCAUCAACUGACCCUCGGGUAUGACUACACUAUUGCAGAAUGAAUUAGAAUUAAACAUUGCGGGUCUAGCCCUUCAUCAGUGUUCCUUGUAUGUUUUGUGCCUAACCAUUUUUUUAUAUAGAUUUAAUUCCAACCUGUGUCUUUGUUCAGUAACCAUUACAAGCAAUGCCAAUCAACUUUUUUUUAUCCAAAAUGCAUGUGUUCUGUGUACUUUAUAACCUUUUAAGGGCAAUUGCAUGAUCACAACAGAAUAAGCAUAACUAUUAUUUGUAUUCAUUUUCAUCCAAACAAGGCCAUUGAAAGCCCUGAUACGUCUGGUCAUCAUUCUGGAAUUGCUGUCUGAUGGUUGAAACCACACGAGGGUAGAGGCUUCCUUAUACUCCUCCCUAAAACGCCAUAAGCCCAGCGUAUAGCUUGCCUGUACGCACUGUACCGGUAUUGCCUAGGGAUAAGUAGGAACGAUUCUUAAGUUUAAAACUCUGUAAGUAGGUUGGAAACGUCAUUUUAAGCCUGUUUCUUAUGCAUGUUUAUUGUGUAUGCAACACAUCUCCUGUCACCUAUAACUGUUGGUUCAAAUGACUCAGUGUAAAAAGAUUUGUAAAGUAAACAUAAACCAUGAACAUA